AUGGCUGCUGUUUUCAUACCGCCGUCACCACGGACCUCUAUGAACAACAUGUCGACACGUCGUCCACUCGCCAACGUACCGAAUGCCACCAAUUCUCCCCACAGGACCGGACUUGUGCCGGCCAAGCGAGUUCGGUCCAAUCAAGUCGAGAUGUCGUACGCUCAACCUCCACAAAAGAAGCAGGUGAUGGAAGCAGCAGAACAAGGUGUUCGGUCCCCGGCACAAAACAGAUCCUCGGCUGUUCAAGGUGCCGACUCGAAGCUCUUCUCCAGACGUCCAAACAAUGCCAACCCAAGUGCUUUUGAGAAGAAGUUGGUUGCCGCUCGUGACAAGGAACGCCAGCCCCCAGCUGUUAAAGGUGUGAAGGGCGAGAAGCCGUCUGCUGAUACCCUGGACACCAUUCGUAUAUGGCAACGCCACUACCGCAAGGCAUUCCCUCAAUUCGUUUUCUAUUUCGACAGUAUCCCAGAAGAUGUUCGCCGCAAGUUUUGUCGACAGGUCUCCGCCCUUGGAGCUCGCGAGGAAAAAUUCUUCUCUCGUCUAGUUACCCACGUUGUUACAUCCCGUCCCAUUCCUGCUGGAGUUACUACAACAAGCCCAACCGAAUUGGAGGCUGCCGCCGAUGGGGCCAACGGUAAUGCUCACGUACAAACUGUCAACCCUUCGUUGCUCGAGAAGAACACCGACACACACCACCUUACUUUGAAGCAUGACCCUCGCCGGGACCAGGGAAGCAUGGAUGUCCUGCAGAGAGCUCGGCAGAUGGGCAUGAAGAUUUGGGCUUUGGAGAAACUGCAACGCAUGAUCACCACGAUCAAUGAUACUGAAUUCGGCGUCCAGAAUGACUCUGCUUCCAGGAGCAAAAAUUUAGGUGCAAGCCAGGACCUUUCACGUGUCCUUCGACAGGAGCUUUUGAACGGACCUUCGGAUCGAGAUCCGUUUUCAUCCAUGGAAAUGAUUGUAUUCAAGGGCCCCUUCCUCUACAUUCACGACAUGAACGAAAAAACAAAGCCAGUCAUGGUUAAAGAAUAUCCCCGGGUUGCCAGACGCCAAGAUGGAAUUUGGCCGCAGUUCAGAAGCGCCCCGUUAGGCAAAUGCCCUUUCGUCGAUGAACCACCAAGCCGAAAGGAAGUUGAUCGACAACGCAUUCGUCAAGUCCAGAAGGAGAAGAAACCAGCAACAACUGUAGCCCAGCCUCCGAAAGCUACUCAAACCAGCAUUCAACCAAAAGUAGAGCCCAAUGUUGACGCAAAUCCCACAAGAAUGGAGGACGAGGAGAGAGAAUCUUCAAGGAAAGCUGAAAUCUCUACGCAGCCCCCGGUUGAAGAAACCCGCGAACGCAAGAGCUCGGAAAGCUUCAUUCCACCAAAUUUCCCCAGGUCUGGCCCCUUUUACAUUGGUCGUGAACCUGCAGCAUCCGGGGUCCAACCAUCGAAUGUCACAUCUGCAAUUCGAUCGCAGAUGAUCUCAUCCACCGCUGCUGGACCAGGCGCACGAGCGGGUCUGAGCAAAGAAGUGUAUGGCUUGCAGAGAAAGGUCUUGGAAAGGGGCACAGGCAAUAUUGCCAAUGGAACUAUGGCCGCUCCUCAGCGUCCUAAUGGAUUAGCGAUCCAUCUCAAGACUCACGACAGUCAUACCAACCCGGAAGCUCGCAUUACACCCGAACAGGACUCUCAUCAACAAGAGGGGGCCGGGAUCAAACGCCGUCGGGCCAAUAGUCGGGAAAAUGAACAGAAGAAACCUGAACGGCGCAGGGACCCAAAGCCAGGUUAUUGUGAAAACUGCAGGGACAAGUUCGAUGAUUUUGAGGAGCACACUCUAACACGGAAGCACCGCAAAUUCGCCCAGAGCACCUCGAACUGGGAAGACCUUGACAACCUGCUUUAUGAGCUUGAACGCCCACUCAAAAAUCCAUACGGUCCGUACCGAUAUUGA